UUUUAUCCUUAUAUAGUCGAUAGUAAAAUUGUUUUUGUUUAAAUAGAAAAUCGAUCUAUAUAAUCCUUAUGCUUGUAAGGCAAUAUUUAAAUCGAUUUUAAUUUUCCGAAUCGAUUAAAAAUAUCGAAAAUUAUGAUGCAAAAGAUCGAUUUUCGAGAGAUCGAUUUAAAAUCGGCAUCCUAGUUCAAAGUGAUUGUAUUUUGUAACAUAUCGAAGAGACUUCAACGAAUACCGAUAUAUUUCUUUAAUCGACGACGAUGAUUUAUUUCAAUUUUGAUCAUUUAGAGAUUAAUAAGAUUUGAGGGAACAUUAUUACUUAUAAUAUAUGGCAGAAGAUACCGAGAUAUGUGGUGGCUUCUUAGAUGCUAAGUUAUCAGGAACAAGAUGUGUAACGCAAAAAGUGAGAAAAAGAUCUUUAGCGCCAUGGAAAGUUUGGAAAAGACAUUGGUGUACGGUCAAAAAAUUAGGACCAGGUUUAGGAAUAGAAAUACAGUUAGAUUAUGGUAUAAGUAGUGGUGGGAUUUCACAGAAUGAAAAGGACAACUCAAUUGUAGUACCAUAUGAUGCUAUUGUAUAUCGUACUCAAUCAAAAUCUAAACAGUUUGCAUUUGGCAUAUUUUUAAAUAAAGAGAGAAAACCAUUAUUAUAUUUAUCUGGUAACUCUGAAACAGAGACACAGCGUUGGAUGUCAAAUAUUCGUCAAUUAUUAAAGCCAAGAAAACAUAGAUUAAUGGAUGGAUUCUAUAAUAUAUCUAUAGUAGAUAAUGCACAUUCCAGAUUGGCAGGUUUAACUGGCUUAUAUGGAGACUUAGUGGCUAGUCAAAUGGGAGUAUUUAUUAAAGAUAUUCAUUCAGGUGAAAUAAUACAAAAUCUAGAAUGGAAAGAAAUGAAGCAAUUUCAUUUAACUACAGCUGGUCGUCCUGAAGAUGUAAAACGUAUAUGUGUAAUUCAUACCACUAAAGAGUUCCAUGCUGGUGUCGGAGAACUUCAUGUAUUUUGUUUAAAGGCUAGCAAAUUGUUGCAAGAUUUAGUGACUCAGGGCCGUGGUCCAAAGCACAAACAUAUCGAUAAGAGACCAUUAAGUUUAAGCGAAGGUGAUCUUAGAAUAUCAGGACAUUGUGAAGAAGGUACAACAACUUUUCCAGCAUUAAAGAGUAAAAUUGCAUUUAGUCUCAUUAAUGCAGGCCUAGGAUUACUUUUAUCUUCUCGUUCUGGAAAUGAUGUCAAAUCUUUAAACGAUAUGACAAAUGGUCAUAGCCUUGAUAAAGUUAUGAAUGAGAAAAAACCUAUACUCUCCAGAGUUGUAGAUAAUGUUUAUCAACAAAAACCAGCUAGUAUUCCUGAUAUUGUAUCAAGUAUAAAAGACUUAGAUACUUCAUCGCAUAGAAGAGUUUCCAAUGUUUCUGUGGCUUCUGGAGUUUAUGAAGAAAUUAUUGAUAAUACUAAUUGUUCCAGAAUUGUAUCAGUAACUUCAAAUUUUUAUGAAGAUCCAGAAGAACUUAUUUUUAGCUCUCACAAUAUUCAACUGCAACCACCACCACUACCACCUCGACAGCGGUGUGGAUCUGCAUCUACAAGAAAUGGCAGAUCCAUUUUUUAUAGCAUCAGUGAAGAUGGUGUAGAUUCUGAAGGAGAUACUAGAUCUGUUACUCCAAACGAUAUUACACCACUUUCUGAAGAUAAAAUAAUGCAUUCACAGCAAGCAAUAAUAGAUCAUUCUGAGUAUGUUCCAAUGUCACCUAGACCAAAAGUUAUCACUUCUUAUCAUCUUGAAGUACAAAAUUCUUCACAAGAGGAAAUUUACAUGGUCAUGCAAUAAUAGCAAUAAACAUAAGUUGUCAUCAGUUUAAAGUACGAUUACAUAAAAUUUAUGCAUCAAAUUACUGCAAAUAUUUAAUAUGAGUGUUAGAAAAUGAUAUUUCAUGAAUAUGUUCUAAACAUUUUUUACAAAUAUAUUUCUUACAAAUAUGUUAGCUUUCCAAAAAUAGCUUAAACUUUGUAUCUCUCUGAUAUAUAAUGCAUAAUGUUUUCGUGUGAAAGUUUAUAUAUUUUCUAAUUGGAAGCAGGGUAAUUAAAGUAUAAAUAUUUUCAUUUAUAUGUUUGAAGGAUAUAAUCGUAUGUAUUAAAUUUUACCUAUAUACAUUUCUAUUAUAAGCCAUUUUUAAUUAUUAGUUUGGAAUUAUAUAUAAUUUAGGUUACUAAUUUACUUCAUUAUUAUUUUGAGUGUAUAUUGCCUUUACUUAUAUUAAGGGAAAUAAAAUUGUGAUCUCUUUAUGUAACAUUUAAAAUGUUUAUGUUAAAGGUUUAUAUAUUUUGGUAAAUGAUUAUUUGUGCAGAAAUACUACAUAUCUUAUUACAUAAUCAUUGAUGUCUUUUCUUACUACAUUUUUUUUGUAAAUAUCUUCUAAUUUACAGUGUUAUUAAUCAGUAAAUCAAUAAUUUAAUCAUAAUCAUAGUCUACAUUAAACUUCUAUAUUUUUUCUAUGUUUGAUAUGAAUUCAUUAUAAAUUUGUGAUAAUUCCAAAAAGAUUUUGAUUAAAAAAAUGAGAAAUUCCUUAAUAACAAAAAUAUACUUUGAUAACAAUUAAUUGUUUUGAUGUGAUAUUUGUAAGACAGUCAAAUUUGUGUUAUACAUUUCUCCUUAUUAGUUGUAUAAAUCAUUAUUAUUUGCUAUAAAUUUAUAUGUAAUAGUAGAUCUUAAGAUAUUUUCAACUGCCUUUGUCGUGUGCCUAAUUGUUCAUCCCAUAUACUUCAUAAGGUUUAAAUUAUAAAAAAAAGCUUAUUGUAUUUUGACAGAUGUAUUGUUAAUCAACAAAUUUAUUGACAUACAAUGUGAAAAUGUUUUAUAAAAAUACAUAUAAAUACGAACUUUUCAAGAACUGUAAUACAUAUCUUUAAUAAGAAAAAUAUAAUAUAGUGUAAAA